UUAGCAUUAAUUUUAUAAAAAUGAAUAUAUUAUUCCUAUUAUUAGUAGGAAUAGCGGUAAAUACCGGGAGUUUGUUUGGUUCAUCACUCUAUACAUACGAUGAAUGGGAAACUAAUCGUAUAGUUGGCGGACAAAAUGCCCAGCAUAUGGCCUGGCCAUGGAUGGUAAUGAUUGAUAUACAUUAUCCUAAUGAUAUUGACGGAUGCGGAGGUAGUAUAAUUAACAAAAACUGGAUUUUGACGGCUGCUCACUGUUUUUCUGACAAUAUAACUAAUCGUUUUGAUAAUAAUAUUGAAAAAAUAGUAUUAAAAUUUGGCGAAAAUGAUACAGAUAUAGAGGCGGCGACAAAAUUCUCGAUAAAUGUAUUCAAAGAUAAUGUGUUCAUGCAUCUUAAUUAUUCUGAUAAAACUGUCAUUAACGAUAUAGCAUUAAUAAAAUUAAACAAGUCCUUAGAAUUCAAUAAACUUACUAGACUUGAUGUUAUUCAUUUGCCUGAUAAAGAUUUUAUCUUGAACUCUAAACAAGAUUGUGUGGCAACUGGUUGGGGUAACCUUAAAUAUGAUGGAAAUUCGUCAAAAAUUUUACAAGAAGUCGUUCUACCGAUUUAUGACUUUGAAAAUUGUAGCAAAUUAUAUGAUGAUUCGUUAGACAGAAAAACACAAAUAUGUGCCGGCUAUUAUGACGAUGAACGUACAAACAGUACCUGUAAGGGAGAUAGUGGGGGACCAUUAAACUGUAAAAAUGAUAGAGGUGAAUGGCUCAUUGCUGGUAUAACUUCAUUUGGCAGAUAUUGCGGUUCUACUGGAAUUCCAUCUGUCUUUACUAAAGUAUCCGCUUUUCUCGAUUGGAUUAACAAAGAAAUGCAUCCUAAAAAAAUAAAUAACUAAUCAAUUUGUUUAACUAAUUUGAAGAAACAUAUAU